UCGAGCAACCGUCACCCAACGCCGCAGCCCGCAAUUGACGCUGCACCUUUCCGGCUCCGCCUGCGUCCUCAAUUACACGACGAUAAUCCUUCCCAGUCGCUUGGAAGCCGCCAACAGGCCUGCAGUCUUUGUUCUCCGUACGCGCUCUGUUCGGAGGAUGCUCCCUCGCGGCAGAGCUGCAUCUACUCCCUCAAUCCUUAGCCCAGAUCGUUGAAGGUAGCGUCGAGAACAUAAUGGUGGACUACAACACCACCUCUAGAGGCGACCUGCGGGACAGCUCACGCCCGGCGACACCCACCGGCCCGACGAGAACAAACAAGGCCAACGGGAAGAUGCGCGCGCUAAACACUCGCCCGACGCAGCAAGAGACAUUCUUCGACGACUCCACCCCCGUUGACAAUUCCAAGGGCGGCGACAAAGAACACGAUCCCUCUAGGGAUUCACACGAUCUGUCCUUUGGCGACGGGACUAGGGACUCGGUCGUGGACAACAUGUUGCUGUCGCUCGACCAGCUUCCCACGGGGGCCUCUUCAUUUACCGACCCCGCUACCCUGUAUUCCAAUUUUGACGACGACGAUUUCUUCUUAACAGAUAAUCCUUAUCCUCCACCGCGGCCUUCUCGUUUGCGGGGUCAUACCUACACCUCCUCCCACUCCUCUGACUACGACCUGCACCCUGACGACACUUCCUCCCGAUACUCCAGCCACCAUUCGCGGGGGCGAAGAAGUAAUAGCAGCAACAACAUUCAACAUGCGCUGAGCCGUAAAGAGAGUUUGCGUGGAGGCUAUCCUGUUCCCCGGGAGAAACAGGCAAACGGACUGUUUGGAGAGUUUCAGACAGCAAGCCACUCAAGAGGAGGUGGGAAAAAGGGGAGCAAGGGCAGCGGCUCCUCUAGCAUGGAUUUUGGAUAUUCGCAGGCUUUGGGUACUCAACGGAUAGGUUUUGGAAAUCGUUCAGCCAGUUUUGACCAUGGAAAUAUGGCAGAUAGAUCAAGGAUAUCGCCAGUUAAGACAGAGUCCAUUUUGGAUAGAAGCCGUCCUGCAUAUCAAACUUACAACGAAUAUGACGCCGCUCCACAACCUACGAUUCCGGCUGGCCCCAGGAGAGCCCAGCAAGCACCACCCGAAUCACCUCCCGCAUACCCGCCCCAACCAUCAUAUGCUCCCCCACAGGCUCCGGCGCCACGGCGCAAGAGCAGUGUACGGUCGAGCAGAACACUGCGCAAAAACAAAAGCCAACCUGAGCCGAACAUGAGACUCCAGGCACAGGAAUUUGUCAAUGCGAGCAAGCUCCGCGACCUUCCUCCAAUACCGUCGUUGCAAGGCCCACCUGCCCCAUCACCAACCGUGGCUACACGGAAACACCUGCAACCUAAUUCCCCAACGCCCGUCACCACGCCGAAGGAGAAGCCGGGCUUCUUUAGGAGAGUGUUUGGCGGGUCGUCAAGAAACAGCCAGCCACAGCUGUCCAGUACUUCAAUUAACUCUAAUCCCUCACACCACGAGGCAUCUCCCGCCUCGCACCGUACAAUCGAUUCCUAUCCAACAGACUCACAAACACGCCCUCGAACAACCCCCAGCAGCACUAACCACAUUGCCUCCCAAUUGAAGUCAUUACCUAGAGUGCCUCAAACAGCCAGCUCGGCACCAAGGGAGCCACCGCAACCUGUGCAGCCCUCGCUUGCAAAAAAACACUCGUCUUUCUUCCGGCGGCGGAAGAAGUCCGUGUCUGAGAGUACAAAACCUCCCGUCAUGGCUAUUGAGUUCAAGCCACCAAAACCAGAUCUUCUUCCUGCACAACCUAGCCCUGGAGUUAGUAGUCUGCGUAAGGUGAUGAAUCCGUACCUGGGCGACCUUGCAGGCCCUGCAGAGACAUACUAUGACUCUCGGGAGCACCAAUCCACAGGCGAAGGCCUGACAAACGGCGAGCAUCCGAAUGGGUUCUCGCCAGGUUACAAGCCCCAUAAGGAUGCAACGGUCCGCACGAUAAAGCCGGGCUCCCGUGGCACUGACAAUACUCCUCCGUCUUCAAGGGAUGCGCAAGUUAAAAAGAUGCAAUCACUUAGCACUGACAGCCCUAAACUCAAGCUGAAGAUGAAGCACGGUCGGACAAGCAUGGCCAAUCCACAAGACGACUCGUUCCUUGCUGAUAGCAGCAGCUGCAACGACGAUGGCAGUACGUGCGCUACGCCGUCGGGACCAGAUGAAUCGCGAACCGGGAAGGCGAGCAGUGGUGAAAACAAGAAGCGGGCCGACCUGCUUAGUCCUCAGACAGCCGAUUCUAGUUCAAGCAAGACCAAAGCGACGGCUGGAGCAGCAUCGGCCUCCCAGUCUGCGUCUGAUUUGGAAGACGACGGCUGGGUCGUCACGUCGCCGACCAAGAAGGAACAGACGUCGCUGCGGAAAUCAAAGAACAAGUCGAAGCGGGUUUGGCUGGAGCCCACGUCCUCGGAAGAGAAGCUGGAUGAUGCCGAAGCUGACAAGAUGUCGCUGCCUUUGGAAGGCGCGCGCACGUCACAGCAGUCAUUCCAGAAGGCGUCGCCGACGUCCGCCCAAGCCACCACGCCCUCGUCGGCGAGUGAUGUAUUCCAUUCUGCCACGAGUCUCCCCGUGGUGCAGGUCGAGAGCCGCGAGUCUGAGGUCAUGCCCGCAAUCAUUGAACGCCGCCCUUCACAAGAUGCAGCACCCACAGAUGCUGAUCGGGGGCGUGCUCUCCAAAUCUUCAGUGGCGAUGAGGACUCGAUCAGCAAAGCCCAGGCGGCUGCCAUUCUCGGUGACUUCACCCCAUCGAGCUUACGGCUGCGCAGGGCCUUCUUUGAGCUUUUCAACUGGUCUGGCUUCAACAUACUCAUGGCUAUGCGCGACUUGUGCGGCAAGCUUGUGCUGAAAGCCGAAACGCAGCAAGUCGACCGUAUUCUCAUGAGUCUCUCUGAACGGUGGUGUCAAUGCAACCCUAAUCACGGCUUCAAAGCCACAGACGUUGUGCACACUAUCUGCUACUCUGUGCUUCUUCUCAACACCGACCUGCACCUUGCGGACAUUGAGACGAGAAUGACUCGUAGCCAGUUUGUCAAAAACACCCUGCCUACCCUUGUUCGCGUAUGCAAGGAAGCCGUCAAGGAAGCAGCCGAUGAAACGUUACGACCACAGUCUACUCAGAUGAGGAGAGGCUCAAUCCCAUGGACCGACAAGUCAGAGCCAAACUCUCCAGCAGCCGAUGCCACAGUGUUCCCCGCAGAUGUGUCGGAGGAGCCUCUUGAGGGCAGGCGGGCGCGAAGUCGCCUUUCAGUCAAGCCACCUAUUCGCAAUGGUUCAGAGAGCCUGCUGACUCCAGAUUCUGCCACUGCUGAAUGUAAUGCACUCGUUAAUAACCCGUACAACGGCCCCAUGAAAGGCUGGGAGUACCAGGUUGAGACAGUGCUCAAGGAGUUCUACAACCAGAUCCGGCAACAGCGACUGCCCCUCCAUGGUGCUUCUACCCUGCAAACUCACGAGCAACCGUCAUCCAACAGCCUUUCCGUCAGCGGCAUGCUACGACGAACACCCAGCGUUCUGAGCAAAGCGCCUUCUGAUUCUAUUAGCUAUCGUGGACGCUCGCAAGGAGACUUUCGAAGUGUUGGAGCCCGUUGGACCUCUAAAACGCGGUCAAGACCGAGACUCUAUCCAGCCUCUACGGUGGCGUCAAGCCGAACCAGCCUGGAUGACCAAUCUGUUUGGAGCCCUGCAGGCUCGAGCACUUGGAGCAGAUACUCUUUUGGCAAGACCCAAACCUCGAUGUCUAUGGAAUCUCUCGGCUCGCAUUUCGCUCAUGGUGACUACCAACAGGCAAUUGGAUUCGCGAAUGCCCUUAGCCAAGCCAUUAUUCGCGAGGAGGGUAUGCCUAUUGCUAGCAAUGAAGAAUUCACCCGUGUCGCACCUCUGCUAGAGGAUGAAACUCUCGAACUUGCAGGGGCACCGUGGGCAAAGGAGGGCAUUCUUAAGCAUAAACACCACUUGGAAGCGCUUGACAAGAAAGCCAAGGACCGAACAUGGAAUGAGUGCUUUGCAGUCAUCGAGAAGGGCUACAUGCGCCUUUUCUCCUUCAGCAUGAAUUCUAAGUCGCUGCGGAACAAGAACAAACCUCGCCCCUCUGCCGGCAGUGUCGUUGGUGGGGGUAACUGGAUGGACAAUGCCGAAGCACUUGACAGCUUCCUCCUACGUCAGUCUAUCGCUAGCGCCCUGCCACCGCCGGGAUACUCGAAAUCGCGGCCACAUGUAUGGGCGCUAUCUCUCCCAACUGGUGCUGUGCAUCUUUUCCAAGUCGGCACGCCCGAUAUUGUACGAGAGUUUGUUUCCACUGCCAAUUAUUGGUCCGCAAGAUUGUCUAAGGAACCUCUUAUGGGUGGUGUUAGCAAUGUUGAGUACGGUUGGGGUGAGAACGUUGUUAAUCCCGCUCUCAUCCGCCAAGACAACUCAUCAUCUACCCAUGGCCAUGUGCCGCGACCCAGUAUGGCGAGCUCUAUCCGCAGCUCCGUCGACCAUGCCACAGGAACCGUGAAGCCCCGGCUUCCGGGAGACAAGGUUGGCUUGUCUGAUUGGAGUCCACCAACACAGAGCAUGAUGGCUAGCAAUCUGAUGGAGGUUGAUCAACUCAAGGCCUUGACCAACUAUGUCAAGAACGUUGAAGAGGAGCUUUCGCGUCAUAAUGAACUGAGGGCGCCCAUGCUCAUUGCCUUCUCUCCUCGACAUCCUAAUGCAGCCCGAGCAAUGUCCAAUUGGGAGCGAAAAUCUUCGUACCUCCUCCGCGAGAUCGUCAAGUUCCGCACCUACAUUGACUCUCUCAAUGCGGCGCAAGCCCACAAAGAUAAGAUCUACGCCGAGCGUGAAGCAGAAGCUUCAAAGAACACCGAUGGCACUGGUGAUUCCACCCAGCCAGAACCUCUCGGUUUAGAACUUGACGGUGGGCUCGAAGCUCCCAAGAGCUCUGAUCCCAUCACAAUAACUGCUUAAUCUAAUUCUUGCAUACACUGACAUUUCGUUCUUGUAUAGCGCUUACACCGCUGCGGCGUACGAUACGUCGAUUACACCUUCUUCACUCUUCUCGUCAAAAACUCCGACCGCAUUCAGUGGCAUGAUUAUUCGAGCUAUAAUUUAUCUAAUUU